AUGCCACCUAAACCCAUCACAAAGACACCAAAAGUGUCUAAGAAACGAAAGCUUGAAGAUCCUUCUCAGCCUAAACUAGAUUAUUUCUAUCAAAAGAAUGACCCAAUGCAGAUUGACUCUUCAUUGUCAAAAUCACCUUCAGCAAGUGAUAAGCCUCCAACUCUUGGAAGUAUUCGACAGCAGCUGAUUGUACCAAAAGUGACAAUUGUGAACUUUAGUCCCUCUAGACAUUCUGAAUUGCCACCUACAUUCAUUGCUGAUGCUUGGAAGCUUCAAAAGGAUCUGAUCCUUGCUAUUUUUUCUAAUUCUACAGCUCACAUGAAUUAUGCAGCCGCAGCUAGACUCUGUGAAAACUUGUGUCGAUAUGGAAAAGCAGAGGAGCUUUAUGAAAGAUUAAAGUCUGAGAUCGAAGUUCAUGUGAAGCAUAUACAAGCAUCUUUAUCAGUUCAGGAUGAUGCAUUAUUGGAAAAGUUAAACACACAAUGGGAGUCUCUCUGUCAUCACCUGAGUAUCAUUCGAAACGUAUUUAUGGAAUUGGAUAGAUAUUAUGUACUGUCAACUACAAAAUAUGCAUCGAUUCUACAAUUGGGUAUAGAUGUCUUUCGUGAAACCGUAAUGAGUUCAAUCGAGUUCCGUAGAGCAGUCAUACUGCAGACAUUGAAAUUAAUUGAGCAGGAUAGAGAUGGCAUUGAUGUGAACAAGCAACUGAUCAAGGAUAUCUUGCAUAUGCUACAGGAAUUGAAGUUCUACAAGAGUGACUUUGAGUCUAUCUUCUUGGAACACACGGUCGCUUAUUAUAAGCAAGAGUCAAAUAGGCUCUUGAACACUCUCUCCGUUUGGGAUUAUAUUCAUCAUGCGUAUAAGCGUCAACAAGAAGAAACAGAAACGCGUAUUAGCCAUUAUUUAAAUAUUCAAACAAAGCAGCCCUUGCUUAACGCAGUAACGGAUCAACUUGUCUAUCAAAACGUAAAUGUCAUACUCAAUCGUGGAUUUGAAGAAAUGAUGAAUAAGAAAAUGUACGAUACCUUAUCUACACUUUACGCUCUCCUGUUAAACAACUCAAAUAUGUCCUUACUGAGGGCUUCUUUUGGAGAAUACGUCAAGAACUAUGGAGUUGCUUUGAUCAAGGACCCUAAAAAAGAUGCAUCGAUGGUAGCCUCUUUACUAGACUUCAAAAAGGAGUUGGAUCAAAUAUUACAAAAUUGCUUUCAGAAUGAUACCACAUUUACUAAUGCUCUGAAAGAAGGCUUUGAAUACUUUAUCAAUACACGACAGAAUAAACCAGCAGAGAUGAUCGCCAAGUAUUUAGAUACUCGCUUAAAGGCGCCUGCUAAAAAACAAGCUCGAACAUCGGAUGACGAUGUCAUGACAACGAUUGAUUAUGUCCUCACACUCUUCCGUUUUGUUCAAGGCAAAGACGCAUUCGAGGCCUAUUACAAGAGACACUUGGCAAAACGACUGCUGUUGGAGCGUAGUCUGUCGAUGGAGGCUGAGUGUCAAGUAGUUGAAAAGCUAAAGAGUCAAUGUGGCCAUGAGUUUACAAAGAAUUUUGAAACCAUGUUGAAAGAUAUUCAUGUAUCUUAUGAUUUAGUUCAAGACUUUAAAGAAAAGUCGCAAUAUCCAAUUCAUGUAAAAGUAAUCACUCAAGCUGUCUGGCCAUCGUAUUCAGCUACAUCACUCACACUGUCCCCUGAGAUGAUCAAGUGUCAGGAAGCAUACCAUCAGUUUUAUGCCUCUCGUUUCAAAGGCAGAAAACUCAUAUGGCAAAACUCACUUUCCUCGUGCGUCUUGACAGCUCAUUUCCCAAAGGAGACCAAAGAGCUCUCCAUGAGUCUUCCUCAGGCAGCCGUCUUGUUACUAUUCAAUCGACUGGAUAAGCCAACGUGGACAGUGAAUGAAAUAAAAGAAGCGACAUCAUUAGAAGACAGUGAAUUGAGUCGAACCUUACUUUCACUUUCUACGGGAUCUUAUGCUGUCUUGAUCAAGGUAGAAGGAGGUUCCGGACCAUUGACAGGUACAGACACAUUCCAAUUCAAUGCCGCCUUUGAGGCAGCAGGUGUUCGACUCAAGAUUCCAGCUAUUCAACAAGAACAGACAGUGGAAGAGAAAAGGGAGGUAGAAUCAAAGGUGUUGGUCAACAGACAACAUCAGUUAGAGGCUGCUAUUGUAAGAAUCAUGAAGGCAAAUAAGACCCUGUCACAAGAGGAUUUAUUGAACCAAGUGUUCCAGCAAGUGAGGUUUCCUGUGAAUGUGACCGAUUUCAAGAGAAGAGUGGAAUCAUUGAUUGAACGAGACUAUCUCAUGCGUGAUCCUUCAGAUAACUCAAUGUUUGUUUAUCAAAAUUGUGAUGAAUAUGGUGUUUGGCCACUUGUCGCAGAUGACCUUUCUGCAAGACUUCCACUUCGCAAUUUGAAAUGGCAGCCUUCCAGUCAACGAGCCGAAUGCUUAAUUUCUACAUUAGAAGUUGACCUCAAACGAUUCACACCUGAUCCUUCACCUCUUCCUUUACCUUCUACAACACAGACAGUCUAUUUGAACUUAUAUUUUGUUACCUGUGAGGAUAACGAAGUAUACAAGACGCGCAUACGAAAGAAUAUCAGGAGUUGGCUUGAUCUAGUUCAGUCCAAAAAGAUCCAGGAAUGGCUUAUUGUGUAUGUAGCAGAGGCAGAUACAAAGAGAUCCAACAAUUAUUUGGGCCUCAAGUCUUCCAUCUUUGAUAAAAUCCGUACAGACUUUAAUCCUCCAAAACAAGAUAGAUGUGUGUUUAUCAGAAAAAAAGACCCAGAGGGACCUCAGUCAGGAUUAUGGACAGCAUUUAUAGAAAAGAUGAAGGAGUGUAUUUUGUCUAGUUUCGAUAUGCAAGUAUUACAGAUUCAAGAGGAUACAAGACGCUUAGACAUGCAAAGACAUAUGCCAGGAUGGAAUUAUUGUACAUUUUUUAUUCUAAAGGAAGGGCUAGCGCAAGCAUUUGAGAUCAUGACACUGUAUGAGGACGCGCUUAUUCAAUAUGAUGAGUUAGAAGCAUCUUUUUUCCAAGUGCUCAAAGACAAGGCACUUGCUUGGUUUGGUCAUUUUGGUGGUACAGACCCAGGGGAUGACAGUGGCAAUGUAUUGGAUUUUAAAAGAAAGAACUAUAGAGACAUGAUCAACAAGAAUAUGAUAUCAGUGUUUGAUUUCAGAUGUUAUCUGUUUGCAAGGCAAUGUCGUAUGCUACUCAAGAUGCAUAAAGUGAUUGAAGUAACAGCACGAGCUCAAUUGUUCAUCACAAACUUUAUCUUAUCCAUACGGGAAAAUGAAAGCAAUUUACCCGAUAACUUUGUCGAAUCUUGGGUCUUUUCGGCUUGCAUGAAUGUCGUCAAUGAGUGUGAGGCAUUGUCUGCUCAGGUCAUCGCUCAACACCCUGAGUUGGCUGUAUCUUACAAUGCUGUGAAGGCUGAUUUGCUGUUGACUGCGAGAAGACAGCUUGACAAAAUCGGUAUUCGAUGCAAACAUCUUCCUAUGACUGAUCCUUUUUCCAUCUAUAUCAAUCAUACUCUGGAUGCACAACAAGAGAAUGAUAAUGAAAAACCUGCGCGAGGUAUCACCAACACGAAAUUGAUGGAGGCUAUGCAGUCAGUAGAGGCAUUUGACAAGACUUAUAUGGGUCUUAGCACAAGAGCCAUCAAAAGUUAUGAUGCCAGUUUUAGAUCAAGAGCCGCCCUGAAUGUACACGGGGAUAUAGCCGCUCUAAAAUAUAUUCGUGGCAAGUACGAAGAAGCAGUGAGAAUUUAUGAAUCAAUGAUUUGGAGAUAUGGGGAACAGGAAUGGGGUUCCAUAGAAAAUAGCCUAUUGAUCAAAUGUGCUGAUUCUCAGAGACGACUUGGAAAGACUAAUCAGUAUGUAGAGUCUCUCUUGGCUCUACUGAGAAAUGCAAUCUUCCUUUCGGCAGAAGAGUCUUCCUUUUAUACGGAUGAACUCAUUAACCAUGUAGGAACACUGGAUAAAGAGAUCAAACGACCCUUUUCUCCCAUCUUUUCUGUUCAUGUCACGCGUAUUAUUGAUGACCCAAACAUAGUCGAGACCUCAAGUGUGGAAGUUUGUAUCGAUAAUCACUUACCAAAGAAAAUAGGUUACGAUACUAUCUCUUUGCGUCUAGUGGGAAAUGAUCCAGAACAGAUAUCCUAUACAAUACAUAACAAAGACUUACUUCCUGGCAAGAACAUCUUUUUACUAACAAGCGACACCUCAGUUUCUGGAAACUAUGUUGUAGAAACGUGCGAGAUGAAGCUAGGCAAAUUGAUAUUUAGUCACAACUUCCUUCACGCUGGACAAAAGAAAAGAAUAGUCAGAUUAAACCAUGACAUUAAGCAACUUUAUGCUACUGCAUCCCAGCCAAAUGAAAUUUGCUUGGGUGAAAGACAAAAGGUUUCUGUAAAGAUCACUAGCCGUGAAGUAAAGACAACUCGUGGUCUGUUACUGUUAGAGUCACAGACAGAAGGAGUUCAAAUAGUGAAUAUGCCAAAAGUGACGAGCGUCCUUCACUCGGAUGGCAACGUAAAGGAAAUGCAAUUGGAUGUACUCGAAACAGGAGAAAUCGUGUUGAUUGAUUUAGAGCCAAAUCAGCUACUAGAGAUAUUUAUAGUAUAUGACGGGCCAUAUACCGAGUUUGAUUAUAGAGUAAAGACAACAAUUACUUAUGAGAUAAAUGGGAUGCUACGAAAAUUCAUAUCAUCUGAUUUCAUCAGAGUAACAGUGCCAUUAUUGGUUACUGAAUCAACCAUAUUUAGAGAGACAUGUGUAUUCUUAAAGGUUGAACUUUCUUGUAAUGGUGAGUUACCUGUUCGUAUAUUUGGUUCACAUGCAAAACCAUCAACCUAUUACUUGGUGGAAGGUGAAUCAAAGUUAUCCAGCUGUGAUAUGACACUGUUCCCGAGACAAACAGUAACAUUUAUAUACAAGCUUGUCAAAAGAUCAACCGAUGGAAAAGAUUCUGAGAUCGAUAAUCAAGUAAACUCCAAGAUUCAUUUCACUGUGAAAUUUCUCUCAUUGAAAGAUGAGGUUGAAUCUAGCUUGAGAAAUAUGCUCCAACAAAAGUUAAAACAACAUACACUAGAUCAGCAUUUACCCUAUGUUUUUGAAAAAACCAAGGAAGAAUUUUUGAAAUCUGUUGAUUAUGUGGGCUAUGGACUGACAGAUGUUGUACAAUUGAAUGAUUUUGAUGCGGAAUUAUGCGAAUCAUUUUUGUUGCACAGAGAUUUGAAAACAAAAGUAGAACUUUUAGACUUGAUUGAGGAGUUCUUUGAGGAAAAUGUAGCAGUUACAGCUCAAACGAUUAAACAACACUCGACUAGUUUAAAUUUACAUUCAAUCACCUUUCCUUUAGAAGUACCAAAAACCAAGAUAUUGCAUACUGCUGAGCUGAUAUUACCACCAAAGAAAGAUUUACUCGUAACAGAGGCAUAUCCUUGUAUAUUACGCAUUAAACAGUCAACUUACUGGAAUACAUCAGCUACAGAUGAAGAGGCACAUAAGGAUGAAUUCUGCUACGAUAUUGAUGUGGACUAUGAAAACUGGUUAUUGUCUGGAAAGAGACGAUUACGCUUUGUAUCUAAACCAGGAGAAGUCAAUGAAUUCUCUAUAAGUCUGGUUCCUCUUAGGACAGGUAAUUUACUCUUACCUUCUGUCCGUGUAUCUGCUGUAUCACCAGAAAUAUUUGCAUCGACAGUUUAUUUGAACAGUGCUCAACAAAUCUUGGUAAAACCAAAGUCAAGAACUGCCACAUUUUUUGUAGAGCAGCAACAACGAUUUAUUCAGCCGAGCAGUCAAGGAUCAUUCAGUACAGUUUUUUAA